CUGAGUUCCGAGGCGGCCGGAUGCAGGUUGAGACGGCCUCUUUCGGUGCCGUCCGCACUUCCGGGGGCCUCGAGCCUCCCUCUAGUCUUCCCGGUAGGCGGCGCGGGAAGGAGAAGUCCGAGGGGCUCCGCCGGGAGGAUUCCCUCGGCUCCCCAAUGUGAGAAGCAUCCCGAAUCCUCGUCAGGAGAAGGUUGCCCAGAGAGUGGAGCCAGUGGCCGGGUGGGGAACAUGAGGCAGUGUCUCCUCUUCCUGACCAGCUUGGUGCCUUUCGUGCUGGCGCCGCGACCUCUGGAGGCUCCGGGCUCCGACUCCCACCAGCGACUUGAGAAGCUUGAUUCUUUGCUCUCAGACUACGAUAUCCUCUCUUUAUCUAAUAUCCAGCAGCACUCCAUAAGGAAAAGGGAUCUACAGGCCUUGACACACUUAGAAACACUACUAACUUUUUCAGCUUUGAAAAGGCAUUUUAAAUUAUACCUGACAUCAAGUUCUGAACGCUUUUCACAAAACUUCAAAGUUGUGGUGGUGGAUGGUAAAGAUGAAAGCGAGUAUACCGUGAAGUGGCAGGACUUCUUCAGUGGACAUGUGGUUGGUGAGCCUGACUCUAAGGUUCUAGCCCAUAUAGGAGAUGAUGAUGUUACAAUAAGAAUCAAUACAGAUGGGGCAGAAUAUAACAUAGAGCCACUUUGGCGGUUUGUUAAUGAUACUAAAGACAAAAGAGUAUUAGUUUAUAAGUCUGAAGAUAUCAAGAAUGUUUCACGGUUGCAGUCUCCAAAAGUAUGUGGUUAUAUAAAAGCAGACAGUGAAGAGUUACUUCCUGAAGGGCUCAUAGACAGAAAACCACCUGAAGAGUUUGUUCAUCGAGUGAAGAGAAGAGCUGAGCCAAAUCCUAUGAAGAACACGUGUAAAUUACUGGUGGUAGCAGAUCAUCGCUUUUAUAAAUACAUGGGCCGAGGGGAAGAGAGCACCACUACCAAUUAUUUAAUAGAGCUAAUUGACCGAGUUGAUGACAUAUAUCGGAACACUUCGUGGGAUAAUGCAGGAUUUAAAGGUUAUGGAAUACAAAUAGAACAGAUUCGCAUUCUCAAGUCUCCACAAGAGGUAAAACCAGGUGAAAAACACUACAAUAUGGCGAAGAGUUACCCAAAUGAAGAAAAGGACGCUUGGGAUGUGAAGAUGCUCCUAGAGCAAUUCAGCUUUGAUAUAGCUGAAGAAGCAUCUAAAGUCUGCCUGGCGCACCUUUUCACAUACCAAGAUUUUGAUAUGGGAACUCUUGGAUUAGCUUAUGUUGGUUCUCCCAGAGCAAACAGUCAUGGAGGGGUUUGUCCAAAGGCUUAUUAUAGCCCAGUUGGGAGGAAAAAUAUCUAUUUGAAUAGUGGUUUGACCAGCACAAAAAAUUAUGGUAAAACCAUCCUUACAAAGGAAGCUGACCUGGUUACAACUCAUGAAUUGGGACACAAUUUUGGAGCAGAACAUGAUCCUGAUGGGCUCGCAGAAUGUGCCCCAAAUGAGGACCAGGGAGGAAAGUACGUUAUGUAUCCCAUAGCUGUGAGUGGUGAUCAUGAGAACAAUAAGAUGUUUUCAAACUGCAGUAAACAGUCCAUCUAUAAGACCAUUGAAAGCAAGGCCCAGGAGUGUUUCCAAGAACGUAGCAACAAGGUGUGUGGGAACUCCAGGGUGGAUGAAGGAGAAGAGUGUGACCCGGGCAUCAUGUACCUGAACAACGACUCCUGUUGCAACAGUAACUGCACGUUGAAGCCAGGUGUGCAGUGCAGCGAUAGGAACAGUCCUUGCUGUAAAAAUUGUCAGUUUGAGACAGCCCAGAAGAAGUGCCAGGAGGCUAUUAAUGCCACUUGCAAAGGCGUGUCUUACUGCACAGGGAACAGCAGUGAGUGCCCCCCACCAGGAAAUGCCGAAGAUGACACAGUGUGCUUGGAUCUUGGCAAGUGCAAGGAUGGAAAGUGCAUCCCCUUCUGCGAGAGAGAGCAGCAGCUGGAGUCCUGUGCCUGCAAUCAGACGGACAGUUCGUGCAAAGUGUGCUGCAGGGACCUUUCUGGACAGUGUGUACCCUUUGUCGAUGCAGAGCAAAAAACCAUAUUUUUGAGGAAAGGGAAGCCCUGUACAGUAGGAUUUUGUGACAUGAAUGGCAAAUGUGAGAAACAAGUACAGGAUGUAAUUGAGCGAUUUUGGGAUUUCAUUGACCAGCUGAGCAUCAACACUUUUGGAAAAUUUUUGGCAGACAACAUCGUUGGGUCUGUCCUGGUUUUCUCCUUGUUAUUUUGGAUUCCUUUCAGCAUUCUUGUCCACUGUGUGGAUAAGAAGUUAGAUAAGCAGUAUGAAUCUCUCUCUCUGUUUCACCACAGUAAUGUUGAGAUGCUGAGCAGCAUGGAUUCUGCAUCUGUUCGUAUUAUCAAGCCCUUUCCUGCACCCCAGACUCCAGGCCGCCUACAGCCCCUGCAGCCGGCCCCCAUGAUGCCACCAGUGUCUGCAGCUCCAAAACUGGACCACCAGAGGAUGGAUACCAUCCAAGAAGACCCCAGCACAGACUCACAUGUGGAUGAGGACGGCUUUGAGAAGGACCCCUUCCCCAACAGCAGUGCAGCUGCCAAGUCCUUUGAGGACCUCACAGGCCACCCGGUCACCAGAAGUGAAAAGGCCGCCUCUUUUAAGCUGCAGCGUCAGAACCGGGUUGACAGUAAAGAGACAGAAUGCUAAUGGAGGAGCUGUGGCUGAGCCCUCUGACUUAACAUGUGCAGAGUAUUUUUAUAAAGCUGACCUAAAGUCAAAGCAUAUAUUUUGUGACGAUCUUAGAGGAAAUGAGACUUAGUAGAUGCUGGUCAUGUGUUUGAGCUUCCUUGGCAUAAGCCAUCUGGUAUGGCCAGACCCUUCCCCUUGGAAGAGGUGAGGCGAAUCUGGCUGAGGUUUUCAGAUUUGGAGUUUUUCUUUUUAUAAUCUAAAAUAUCCUUCAACCUGUGGUACAAAAGCAGAAAGUAAGGCUGCAUUAAGUUCUGAAUAUUUGUGUUUUCGUAAAUUAACCUUUUUUAUUGAUAACAGCACUGAUUAGGUAGGUGACCUGUUUUUCU